GCUAUCUUUUGUGAUCCAUCCCGACCAGUACUGGUGCUAGUUUGGAUAUGCGUUUGUUGCGUUUUGAUGCAUCUGGUAUUACUAGCCUCCCUCCAUCAGUGGCACCAGCUUCUAGCAACAGCACUCGUCCUUUCAGCAUCUUACGCAGCUCUGUAUCACCUUCUGCGAGAUUAUUUGGUCCUUAGGAAGGUGUAUCAGCAGGAGCAGCAUCUUCAAGAGAGAGUUAUUAACUAAGUGCAAAAAUGAUUCAAUUCUGAACAGGUCUAAGAAAUAGGUAUUUGUUAUUAUAAUCCAAUCAUUUCAUUAUUUAGGUUUGAGAAAGUUAGUAUAAUAUUUCUGUCUGAUAUAGACAGAAGAAUUUAAAGAAAAUAAAAGAGUAUAGAAAAAAUCUAUAUAAUGGGUAUAAUGUAUAAAUCUUCUUUAUAAAGCAUACAUGCAAUAUGUAUAUAUAUAAGUGUGUGUGUGUAUGUGUGUGUGUGUGUGUGUGUGUGUGUGUGUGUGUGUGUGUGUGUGUGUGUGUGUGUGUGUGUGUGU